AUGUCAAAAAUCUAUGAUGAAAAUGGAAAUGUUCAAAAAGAGUGAGUUCUUUUUCAUGGAAACUUUUCUGAAUUUGAAAGCCGGGGGAGAUCCAAGAUUGGGCCGCCCUUAAAAAAUGAAAACCCUCGAGAUUUUUUAAAUGUGAAAUUCUAAAUGGGUUUAUUAUUUGAGAUACCAUUAGGCUUGUAACUUUCUAUUAGAUUAUAAGGGUCUCUUCUACGUUUUGGCCAUCCAAAUUUCUGAGAAUAUUUAGGUUCUCCGCUUCAAUAGUUUUGGACAGCCGAAAAACGGAAUGGAAAUCUAUGUGGAUUGCGAUAUUUCUUCAAUUCGUAGUCGGUGUUCAGAUAUCCGUGUACUACAUGUCUAUGUGGCCGUAUUUACAAUCAGUAAGCUACACAUAAAUAAUUGGGUGACGUAUGAGUGGGAAGGGAAAAUUAACUAAAAACAAGAGAACAUUAUUGUUAUGUGUAUCUAGACAUGAAAAUCUGUUUUUGAAAAGAGAGAAAACUGCAAAGUAAAAAAUGUGAAGCUUGACUGAUUAGCAAAAUUGAAAGAUCAAACUUCUAGAAAUUCUGACAAUGAGAAGAGUGUUCAGAGCAAUAAGAAGAAGAUUUUUGAGAUUCUAAAUUUUCAGCUUGAUAAAUCAGCGGAUGUCGAUUUCCUUGGAUGGAUUGUUGCGGCUUGUAAUAUCGGUUCAACAAUUGUGAGUUUAGUUUUAUUGGUGUGGUAUCUUGCAAAAAAAACAUGUGCGUUUAUUAAUUUUAUACACAUUUCUUUUUUUCUUGAUAAGCUGUCACUACAUUUUCUACGCAAAAAUAUUAAUUCGUCAUGGUUAUAUGAAGAUGAAAAAUUCAAAGAAAUGUUUUAUAAAGUUAGGGAGCAAAACACAUUUUCAUUCAGACAUUUUUGAGGAUCCUUGAGCAAAAAAUAAAUUUGGAACUAGCCUAGACAGCUGUCAAAUAUUUUUAUCAUAAGAAGAUUAGUGUGUGGAGGAGGAAAAGAAGCUUUUUGUACUACUGUAGUUUGAAACUUUGAUGAGAGGAGUGAAAUUUGGAAUGAGGUGUAGACUAAAAAAUAUCACAACUGGAGAUAAUUUUAGGGCCAAAAGAAGAACAUACAAAAAAUUUACAUUCAGAAAAUUGGAUCUUACGCGAGAUCUCUGAAGGAAUAACCGAAAUUCAUGGCUUCGAAAACACUAUGAAACAAUAGAUUAAUUAAUUUCUAAUAAAAAAUGUAAUUUUUAGUCAAACCCAAUUUAUGGUUACUGGAAUCAAAAAACAAUGUCAGUGAAAUGGCCAACAAUUGCCGGAUUUUUAAUAGCUGCAGUUGCACAAACUUGGUACGCAUUACUCAGUUUAUUCUCAAAUGCAAAAUGGUAUAUGUUAGCUGCUAGAAUUAUGACAGGUUUAGGAGUUGGGAAUUUGGCAGCUUUGCGGGUUUAUAGUGCAACUGCUUCAACACCAAAAGAUCGAAUGAAAGCGAUUAGUUAUGGAACUGGUGGUUAUGUUUUGGGUAUUUCUUUUGGACCUGUUUUAUCGGUAAGUUAACAAAAAUCUAGAAAGUUCAAACAUUUGAAAACUUGUGAUUUUUGAUGUUCAAAAAUUUACGCUCCAGUAAAAAAAUCAAUAUUAUAUACAUCUGAAAAUAUGUAUAUUUUCACACCUAGCAUAAAAAACACCAGAAAUCAAACGUCGUAAGAAAAACAAGGCAAAUAAAAUUCAGCAUGUUAUUAUUUUCAACCUUAUAUUGUCAUUAUUUACAUAUGCAUAUAUUUUUCAGGCGUUUUUCACACCAAUUGGUGAAACUGGUCAUAAAUUAAUUGGAAUUAGUAUAAAUAUGUUCACUGUUGUGGCAUUUUUGAUGACAAUUGUUUGUUUGGCGGCUGCUGUUAUUGUUCUAAUUUUCUUCAAAGAAAGUUAUGUUGGAAUUGUUGAAGAAGAUGAUGAUACACGUGAGUUUUCUGAAAAUGAAGCUGCAUAAUUUUUUAAAAAUUAUUUCAGAGAAGGAUGUGGUUAUUCCUAAGUUCGAUAUAACAGCUGCUCUUGUUUGUAUUUAUCUUUUCAUGAUUGUCAAUAUUAUUGCCACAAAUAUUGAAGUGUGAGUGAACUUUGUUGAAAAUAAUCUGAAAUGUGUCAGAACAUACAAAACUUCCAUUUAAAUAAUCUGAUAAAUUUCCAAUUUGUUUUCAGAAUGUCCACUCCAUUAACAACAGUUUUAUAUGAUUGGAAGGAUAGUCAAUCAAUUCUUUACAACGGAAUUGCGUUGUGUUGUAGUUGUGUUGUUUCGGUGGCUUUGAAUUUGAUCUUAGGAAGCACACGAUUGGGAAGACUGUGAUUUCAUUUAUUUUUUCCCAUGGUCUAGAUUUUUAUACAUUGAUUAGUGAUUUUCAGGGACAAAAGAUAUCAAAUGUUAGCUGGAAUUGGAUUCUUUCUUCUUUAUCAAGUUUUCAUGUAUCCGUGGGGAUUCUAUUCAGGACCACUUCAUUAUUUACCUGAAGGCUAGUUGAAUUUCGGUCGAGGGGUUCAAAGUUUCUGAUCUUACUUUUUUUUAGAACUUAGAAUUCCAGAUGAUUACUAUAGAUACUGUAGAAAGUGGUAUUUUUAUCAAACUGUAGGAAGAUUAUUUGAGAUACUUUAAUAUUGUUUUGAGACUUACAGUAACCAGAACAAGUUUCCUCUGCGUAUUUUUUAAAAUUAAAAAAAAUAACGUGGCCCAUAUUAAAAUUUAAUUCAAUUAAAGUGAAAUAUCAUUUCGUUUUUUUCUCCAGGAUCAACAACCCAAACAGCUGGAGGUUGUGAUGAUUCUUAUAAAUGGUGUAGUUAUACAACUCGAGUUCCAUUAUUUGUUUAUCUUUUCUGUUUUAUCGUCUUCUUUGGAAUCGCUUUUCCAUUUGUCGAAUCACCAUCAGCCGCAUUAUAUUCAGAAGUUCUUGGACCAAGAAAACAAGGAAUAAUGCAAGGAUUAUUCUCGUUUGGUGGAAGUUUGGCACCAGUUAUCGGAUCAUUAACUUCAACGUAACUUUUUUCUAAAACCUUCUUCGAUAUCUCAUUAAAAAAACAAUUAUUUCAGAGCAUUAUUCCAAGCCACUGGUUAUCGAUAUGUUAUGGUCUACCAAGCCGGAAUUCUUCUCGUUGGUGCCGCCCUGAUAAUGCUUUUCUAUAAACGAUUAGUACCACUAAAACUGAUUAAAAAGACCUAA